CAAUAUUAUUACAUACAUACACCGGACGGACAGAGAAACCUACCAAACGGCCGAAAAAAAGGGCAAUUUUUGUGACGAUUGGGCGGGUUCGGGGCUCUGAUUGGGCUAUUCGGUCCAGCGCUAAUAUGGCAACACUGGGUCAUGCGCCUGCCUCGGCCGUGACGUCACGUCUGUCAACGCGCGUUGAUUCCUGUGUCAGAUGUGAAAUCCGUGUCCCGGUGCGAACUUUUCAUUUUCCUCCGAUUUACAACAUAUCCUAAAAAAACAAAAAAAACAAACCCCAACCAUGUAUUCCGUCAGAAACGCCGUUCUCAAAUCAGCGGGCUUGGUAGAGAAUGCUUGCGCCAAAAUCCUGGGCACUGCGCCUCAGGUGCGGCUCUCAACUGGGCCCCAGCAGCAACUCGGCACCUUUUAUGAGUUCCGCACCUACUGCAUCCGUCCGGACCAGAACGCUGCCUUCUUAAAGCUGACCAAUGAGAAGAUCCACCUGCGCACAGCACACUCGGAGCUGGUGGGAUACUGGAGUGUUGAAUACGGUGGUCUGAACCAGGUCUUCCACAUAUGGAAGUAUGACAGCUAUUCCCAGCGGGCAGGAGUGCGGGCAGCCCUGGCUAAGGAUCCCAAGUGGAUUGGGGAGUACAUUUCCAAGGCCAUCCCCAUGCUGAAUUCUCAGGACAAUGAGGUGACCUACCUGGUCCCCUGGAGCCGCAUCCAGACACCCCCAAAGGAGGGCGGUGUGUAUGAGCUGAUCUCCUUCCAGAUGCAUCCUGGGGGACCGGCAAUUUGGGGCGACGCCUUCCAGGCAGCUGCUAAUGCCCACGCGGCUCCGGGCUACGGUCACAUGGUCGGGGUCUUCCACAGCGAGUUCGGAAAACUCAACCAAGUCCAUGUCUUGUGGUGGUUUGAGGGUGCGGACCAGCGAGCUGCUCUUCGACACAAAUCUCACGAAGACGCCAGGCUGGUCGCCGCCGUCAGGGAGAGUGUUGCCCAUCUGGAAUCACAGAGGAACAAACUCAUGUUCCCUUGCCCUUUCUCUCCCAUGAAGUAACCGCCCAUCUUCAACACGGGAACACACACUGUAUAUUCGCAAGUGGCCGUUGGGGUACGACUGUAUUACACUACGGUCCAGCAAACAGGUUAGCUACAGUACAAGUCUUUUCUUUCCACAUCAUUAAAAACUAAUUUCCUCAUAUCUGCUGGGGUCUGUUAAACGCCAGACAGCUCGCCAGGUAGAUGUCGUGAGCACUAACGUCCUGCGAGGACUUAAAAUACUUAAUAGAAAUGUGCGUUUUGAAUGGAAACCCUCAGGCGAGCGAUGAAAAACAGUCACUCGGCAGACGCUUUAAUCCGGAGUGACUCUCACUCAGAGAAACGAGGUCACAAAGAAGGCAAUGAGGAGGUCAAAGGUCAGGGUGCCUUGACAACGGACAGGAAAAAAAACAAUACUCCUGCAUUUUCAGAGGACCAUCUCCUUAUGGUGCUUUUUGUCUCGCUCUUUCCGUUCAGACAUCACCCCUGACCUGUAGGGUCAAAGGUCAGAUGUAAAGAAGUAAAUCUGACCUCAGCAAAUCCAGCUGAGGAUGUAAUUGUGGUCUUGUUAAAGUGCCUUUGGCUUCAUAAUGGUAAAUGUGGGGAUUAUUUGUAGCAUUUCUUACAAAGCUGUUGUCAAUGUCGACGACCCUUCAGAAAUGAUUUAGUCUUCAGAAAUGAUAAAUUAAUUUUCUGUAAACUGAGAAAAUGUGUCAUUUUAUUUGUUUUCCUGACAUGAGCUGUAAACCAUGGUGCAGUAUUUCCUUUAAUGGGGCUUUGAAAACACUUAAUUUUUUUUUUUUUUGGUUUUUAUUUCAAUACAUUUGAAUGCACCUGUAUCCCAUUCCCAUUGAUAAUCUGUUAUUCAUCUGUAACGAGCCUCGUAAUAUUUUUGUAUUAACCUUGAUGAGAAAUGUGAAUUGUCUUUUGUAAAAUAAGAAACGAAUAAAACUAAUUGAAGUUGCCUGGUGGUAAAAACUGGUAGUGUUUUACUUCGUCUGAGGACUUUUUUUGAGGGGGGAUUCCCCCCCCUUUUUCUCCCCCAAUUACACUUGGCCAAUUACCCCACUCUUCCGAGCCGUCCCCGUCGCUGCUCCGCCCCCUCUGUCGAUCUGGGUAGGGGUGCAAACUACCACAUGCAUCCUCCGAUACAUGUGGAGUC